AGUUAAUGUUAACAAUGUGGUUUAGAGUAGAAGCAGACCAUACCAGAUAGUCUAACAACAUGAUUUAGAAUAGGGGCUUUGAAUCAGGUGGUAUCAGCUCAACGUCAGGAGGAGCUGGAUACUAAGAUUCACCUUGAGGGAAGUCGACCAUGUUACAUGAUGGAGGCCCAAUAAAAACACUGGACACAAGGGUUGGGUGAACAGGUCUUCACGAGGACUGGAGACAGAAGCCCCUGUCUUGGCUAAGAAUACUUUCUGCUCUCCCUAUCCCCACAUCCUCUUUCAGCUACCCAUCACCUCGCUCCUUCUGAGCAAUACGGUUCUGAUGUCAAAGCCAGCACAGUAAAGAGCUUCUGCUGUUCCUGAGAACUGUUGCUGCUGCAAAUGAUGCUUCCACUGCUACAGCUGGUACCUACUAGGCUGCUCAACUCCUCUUGCUCCUUGGAGAAGACACUGCAGUGCAGCUGUUCCUUCCAUGGGAUCCCCAUACCCUCUGUGCAGUGGUGGAUGGGAGGAGUCCCUGUGGGUGUGGAUGGCAUGGAUGGCAGCCUCCAAGUGAUUUCCACCAUGCUUGGCCCCUGGGCUAACAGCACCAUCAGCCUAACUGAAGAGCCAGAAAUGGGCAUGAGACUUCUCUGUGAGGGGAAGAACCAAAACGGAACCCACGCUAUGAGCAUCCUACUGAUGUCAAGAAAGAGUUCUUUGACUUCCCAGGCCUUCAUGAAAGGGCUGAUCCAGGGUGCUAUCUAUGCGGGAAUUGUAAUUGCGCUGCUCUUCCUCUGCCUCCUACCUCUCAUAGUGAAACAUAUCAGAAAGAAGCAGGCGAAAAAAACUGCAGCAAUCAAAGCAAAAAAGAGCUCUAAAGUCAGAGCAAGCCAAGAACUCAAGACGUCCCUGAAGCCUGAGGAACAAGGAAAACCCACAGUCGCCACGUUUUCUGAAAGCCGGAUAUUGGAAAAGCAAGAUAAACGAGCCAGCUAAGCCUGUGGAAUGUGUGUCAGACCUGGAGUCACCAUUAUCCCUGGAAUUACAAAAGCCUGCAAAAUUUAGAGAGCCCACAGAAACCAUGGAGGCUAUAAUAAACCUGGAGCCCCCUGGACUCUCCUCUGCUCACAAAACUCUCUCAGUUCCCACACAUCCCUCACACUCAUUUUCCAUUGAAUAGGGGGCUCGUAGACCCAGUCUUAGAACCUCUGAAGGCAAACUUUAUCAUUUGUUGUUUGGCUAAACCAGAAGAAAUCUGCUCCAGCCUGGGAAGGUAUCAAAAGAAGGAAAAAUACGUGUGGCAGUAUGAAUCGAGUCCAUCAGCAAGCUGCUUUUGAGCCCCUCCUGUGUGCCCAGUACCGGAGAUACAGCUACAAAAGCACCAGGCUUUGAAUCCAUCAUAUCUGGAUAGAAUCCCAACUUCAGCGCUUGGUGGCUGUGUAUCUUUGGGCAAGAUCUUUCAUUCCCCCACCCUUAAACAUCACGUGACCCAUAUCUGGGUGGAGAGAGGGUGAAAAGUACUGUUCAGAGAUGCAGGUGAGAAAAAACAUGGCAAUGGGCCCUGAAUGCCAAGAUUCACUGGAGCUCUGGAGCUUUAUCUUGUAGGACCUUAUCCCGACUCCCUUAGAAUGUAAGUUCUAAGAGAACAGGGAUUUUGUCUGCCUUGCUUUCUGCUUUAAUCAGCAGCACCUAGAAUGAUACCUAAAAUACAAUAAGAUCUCAAGAA